GAGGCGAGGAGAGUCCCUCUCCUCCUCCGCUCUAUUUUUAAUGAGCACCGACUCCCCCCGUCCUCACUAACGGACACACAGCAUCCCUAUUAAGAGACACGUGAUUCGUACAGGCAAACCCUGGCGCUGACGUCACCAGGCAGGAGGACAGAUAAAUAAGAGCUCAGCGCGCUUCCAGCUCAGACAAAGUGAGAGCGACAGCUGGACGCGUGAAGCUCAUUUUCAAGAGAACAUAGAAUACGGUGCUUCGGAAGGACAACACAGAGGAUACAUCAAGAUAACAAAUCAGAACAUCAUUUUUAAAUAUGACACUGAACAGAGGAGAUAAACUGCGAAAUCUAGAUAAGAGGAGGGGGAGCAUGCCUUUCCCACCAAAUCAGCAUCUUCACAGGAGAAGCAUGCCUGUGGAUGAGAGGGAUCUGCAAUCCACAAUGCCUACAUUACGCCUGGGCGAGCUGACUAACUUGGUCCGCUGUACUUCAUUCAGCCCUGGGGAACCACAGGCAGAAAGCUGGGCUUCUGAUUCAUCAGACUCUGUCAUCUCAUCUGGCAGUGACCCAGAGAACCACAUCCAUAAAGUCGUGAUGCUGGGGGAAAAUGGAGUGGGCAAAUCCAGCUUGGCUCGCAUCUUUGGUGGUGUAGCGGAUAACCAUGAAUGUGACGAAGCAGGAAACACUUAUGAUAGAUCAAUCAUUGUUGAUGAUGAGGAAGCAUCAAUUGUUUUAUAUGACAUUUGGGAGCAAGACAGUAGCCCUUGGCUCCAGGAUCAAUGCAUGAAGAUGGGUGAUGCCUACAUCAUCGUUUACUCUGUGACAGACAAGUCCAGCUUUGAAAAGGCAUCCGAGUUAAGGAUUCAACUACGGAGGGCCCGGCAGUCAGAGGAUAUCCCAAUUAUCCUGGUGGGAAAUAAAAGUGACCUGGUCCGCUCCCGUGAAGUCUCAGUAGAUGAGGGGAGAGCCUGUGCAGUGGUCUUUGACUGCAAGUUCAUCGAGACAUCUGCGUCCCUCCAUCACAACGUGCGUGACUUGUUUGAGGGCAUAGUGAGACAAAUCCGGCUACGAAAAGACAGCAAAGAGGACAACGCCAGACGACUGGCAAACAGCAAGAGACGCGAGAGCAUCGGCAAGAAGGCUAAGCGCUUCCUCGGGAGGAUUGUGGCCAAAAACAACAAGAAGAUGGCUUUUAAGCAGAAAUCCAAGUCUUGCCAUGACCUGUCGGUGCUCUGAGUAUUUACAGCUUAUUACUGCUGCUAUGAAAACUGUGACUGGAUGCUGUGUAGCACAAGACUUGGGACUGGGCAGCGAACUGAGAACUGAUUAAUGCAGUGUUUAUUGAAAUUUCCAAUAAAUAUGAGCAAAACCCAAAAAGAAGGGGAAAAGGACAGUUUAGACAUAACAAGUCAAGUAUUCUGCAUGAUGCUUACUGAAUGUUUUGAUUUUUAUUUCAAACGUUAUUUGACAUUUGACUCUCUGCCUUAACAGUACAGCUUGUGUACAUUAAUUGUACAUUUAAACCAAUGUACUCCUCCUAAUGUGCCCAGAUGAUGAGUGAUCGCUUGCGUCUUUACAGAAGGAAGGUAUUUAUAGUAUUUUCUGCAAGAAUUCAUAAGCUAUGUGGUGCAGACAGAGAUGACAUGGAACUGUAACUAGAAAGCAAUGAAUAUAAGAUGCUGUAUGGGCAAGUUCACAGAGCUUUAUUUUGACUCUGAUGUAUAUACAUACUUGAAAUUAAGUGCGCGGGUUCGUACUUACUCUAUUUGGAAUAUGCCACAUAGGCUUAGUGGAGGUUAUAACAUUUUCUGGCAAUUUGUUUUUCUUCUCUUUUAUUCUGAGUUUAAAAUGUGUAGAAAGAGCAAUAACUUAUAAGUAUUGUGAAUUUAUUAUUGUUUUAGGAAAGUUGAUUUGCACUUCCAUUUAAUAUUCUUCAAGAAAUGAUUUGAUACAUGUUUACAGAAAUAUUUUUUAAUAAAAUAGUCAUUUGCAAAAGACAA